UUAGCUGGAAGUGACGCAGUGACGGCCACCUUUGAUUUGUUCGACUCUUCCAGCGGUCCUGACUUGACUUUGUCGCCCCAAACGUUCACCAACUCAGCAGAGGCCUUCAUUAACGACAACUCUUCGAACAGUUUGGGUGGCACUGUUUCGCAAGACAAUGAUGCAGUGUCCACGACAUCUUCAGAGGACAAAAAACCAUGCAGCACGUCGUCGGACAUUGUCAAGUUGGCGGUUAAAAGGCCCAGGCCCAAAGCCGCCUCUCCGAAUCGACAGGGCCCUCAGCAAUGUCAGGUUUGUGCAAAGAUAUUCGGAAACGCAUCUGCCCUAGCAAAACAUAAAUUAACGCAUAGUGAUGAAAGAAAAUAUGUAUGCAGCAUGUGUGGAAAGGCUUUCAAACGUCAAGAUCACCUAAAUGGCCAUAUGCUGACCCACCGCAACAAAAAACCGUACGAAUGCAAGGCCGAAGGCUGCGGCAAAAGUUACUGCGACGCCCGCUCGCUGCGCCGCCACACCGAGAACCACCACAGCGGGAGCGGCGGCUCAACUUCCAACGUUGGCGGCAGCUCGUCGACGACCAUGUCACCCGCUCAGGGCGCAGCUUCAGGCGACGCAGCUUCGCCACACGGUUCCAGCUGCAUACAGUACGCACCGCCUCCAACCUCCACCAGCGGGGGCGUUACCUCGGGUACGGCGGGAAAAAGUCAGCUACAGCAGCUGUUAGCGGUAGAUCCAGCAAAGGGUUCCAGUACGGGUAAUAAUGACGGCCUAACAAAACAGCAGCUAGAUCUGAUACAUCAGAUCAUGGAGCAGACUCAGAGACAGUCCCAGCAAGCAACUGCCAGUGCUGCCACAACAACAAAAACAACGGUGGCUACGUCUACAAAAACAACAAAAGUUGUCACCAAAACGCCCGUCAAGUUGCAAAGAGUUUUUUCGUCGCAGUCAUCAAACAAAAGCUCAUCAAAUUCGAGCGGACAGCAAUCGAAAGUGUCGACGACGACUCCGAAUUCCGGUUCGCCGAAAAAUGCGGAACCGAAGCCGGUGGAGUGCAAUUUGUGCCACAGGAAGUUCAAAAACAUACCGGCGCUCAACGGACACAUGAGAUUACACGGUGGAUACUUCAAAAAGGACUCUGAAAACAAAAAAUGCGAGAAAAAAGACAACAACGCGCCGCCCCUUCAGACCGCCAGCGUGAGCGUGCGGGCGCUCAUCGAAGAAAAAAUCAUCAACAAACGCACAACGCAACCGGCGCCCGCCGCCCCUUCAUCCUCCGCCGCCCAAACCGCCCCCAACAACAACACAACAGACGAAACAACCGGCAACAGCGGCAAAGCCGCGCCGCCCCUCUUUCCCCUUAAAGUGCAUUCCUCGGGAGCGGCGACAGCCACCACCACCACCGCUCCUGCCGCCGCCACAGACUUGGACGCCAAAGUCACUUCGUUCGUGGUGCCGGCGCCGCCCCAACAAGCCGACAAGACCAGAAGACAUUCCGACGCUGAAGCUUUUACUCACAGGGAAAAGUCGACUGUGAAAAGAACCACCUCGGAUCCCGGCCAAUCGAAUCUGCUUUUCAACUCGAACGACUCGUUCACUUUGACGUACAAACAGGAAGAAGUGGAGUACUUGUCGCCGAGUCUCCAGGACGAAGUUUUUACACAGGUACAAGAUACAAUGUUGCUUCAAGGUGUGGAUCCUAACCAACUAGCAACCCUGCAAUUUCAAACCGAGAGUUUGUUGCCCGAUCAAAAUGAGAGCAUGCAGAAUAUUAAUUUGGAUGAUUACACCAUACAGGAUAAUGUGCAUUCGCCGUCUUUCCAAUCUAGUCAUAACCAGGACUUGCAAGCCGUCUUGGACUCACCUUUACCGGAAAGUCUGGCUGAAUUUAGCACUUUUCAUUCUGCCAACAAUUUGGAUUUAUCAUCACCAAGUUAUCACUCAACUCAAAGUCCUGUUGGUUACGCUGGAUCUCCUCAUACUUCAAUCGCGCAGUCACCUUUGCAAUCACCUCUGAUUCGUCAGGAUUCACCUGGAUUUGCCUACCCUACACCACCAGCAAGUCAUGAAGGACAAAGCCCUUGUUUCAGCCAAAGCACAAUGCUACCUAUGGUAUCACCAAAACAAGAAUUCGGUGCAGUCGUUGAACGAGGCAUAGAUGAACCUCCACAAGCCUCAUCACCUUUAUCAGCCGCAUUUUUCACAUCCACCAUGUCGAGUUCAGCUGCUGUAGAAGAAGCUUUAGAGGAAGUUUUACCCGGCGAAAGUAUUACCAACGAUGAUAUUUACCCUCUGAGUAGCUCGCCCUCACCACAGUCACCAAUUGGUUUGACCCCAGUGCAAUCACCCUUACCUAUCUCAUCAACGGUAUCUUCGCCACUACCACCAACUACUUUUACAGUGACAAACUCGAACGGUUUCAAUAUAUCACCACAAUACACCUUACAGUCACAAAUGAUGCCAAACUCCGAGGAUCCGUUACUCUCAAGCUCCUCCAUUACCAGAAAACGCUUUGAGCUCAACGGAAUACCCCUUAGAGUCGUAACAAACAACGGCCUCUUGGAUCUGAACAGUGCCAAUUUCGCCGGCAUUCUUUUAGAUGCCAACGGCGAACUUAAAUUUAUACAGACCGGGGCUAAUCUGCAAACAAAAAACUUUGUGUUAGCCAACGCACAAGUUCUUCAUACGCAAGAAGAUGAUAAGAAUAAGAUGUACAGGGUUUCGAAGACGGUGCAAUGCGCGAUGCCUAAACAGUUUGUCGCCAGGCCCAAGCAAGUUUUGGAUUUGAAGAAGGAAGAGGGACACAAUGUGUUUUUAAGCCCUACCACGUUACCAUCUAGUCCAGUAAGGGCAUCGAGAAAAAGACCUAGGAGCGAACCUUUGCAACUGCCUGUAUUUCAUCAGUCAAAACUUCGUGCCACCAGAAGUAAACCCGCAGGGUCUUCCCCUUUCACCCCUCAGCCUAUUUUAAACCCGCAGCGUCAGGGUACAGGGUUAUUUAAUGGAAUCAAAAAUAAAAAUGAAGAAAACAGCAUAUGGAGCUGCGAACCGAUUCCAGAGACCGAUUCAACACCCCACAUCAACGUGGGGCCCAAAUUUCAGUGCAACAUCCCUGUAUUUCAGUCAGUGCCCGAUCGGUUGAGUCCUGUACCCAAACACGAGGAUCUUUUAUGGGAUCCUGGUAUUAAUAACUGUAGCGACUCUGAAGUUGAAAUAUACUUGGAUUUCGCCUGUUGCGCAGCUGUGCCUGGUGGUGGAAGAAACAAGGAGUACGCGAUGCACUUAUUGCACAUGUGUGGUGGUAAUAUACAUGAUGCAAUGUUGAGGUUGAUGCAACCGUCGCCAAAUCUGCCAGCUGAUCACCCUUUGCUGUGUUAUCACUACACGGAAAGCGACAAGUGGUCGUCGACAGAGACUGAUGUUUUCCACAAAGCGGUGGCGAAAUACGAUAAGGAUUUCCAUAGUAUUUCCAAAGAGAUAAAAAGCAAAUCGGUAAAACAGUGUAUCCAGUUCUAUUAUGUUUGGAAGAAGGUGUGUACGGACGAGUACCGAAAGUUGAAGCUAAUUAGGGAAAAAAAGAAUAAUAAAAAUUCGGAUGAUAUGGACGAGAAGCCGUAUCCUGAUGCCAAAUUAUUGGGGAGUUUCAACUCGCGGGCCGCCCUGAACGGUCACAUCCGGAUCCACGGGGGCAGCGCGCGCAACAGUCCGACGCCCAAAGGCGGCGCAAGUGCCGGGGCGCACGCCGUCUCUUCCACCGUGUGCCAUCCGGACUCGACCGAGGACUAUCCUUGCAAGAUCUGCGGGAAGGUUUUUACGAAAAUCAAAAGUCGAAGCGCGCACAUGAAAUCUCAUCGACCGCCUGAUGCCGAACCAUCGAAACGUCGUGAACCCAAGGAACCUCAAAACUUUAGUAUGAAUGAACUUUCCGUGCCAAGUCCGUAUAGUGCUCAGUAACUGUUGGUUUAAUUCUUUUUAAUAAUAGAAAGUCUACGCAGAUUGUUACGUAGAUUGUUUCAUGUAAAGGCAAUCAAAAAUUGUAUUGAGUCAGAUCAAAAAAAUAAUUGGAAAUUCGAAAAAAGACAUUGUACGUUAAGAUGGAUAUUUAGGUAAUUAGUUAGGAUAGUGUAUAAAUUUCAAAACUGCAUAUUAAAAAAACAGAGAAUAUAUAUUUAAUAAAGCUAAACACUAAAAAAUAGGGGUUGUGUUAAUAAGUAGCCGGUCUACAAAGUUUUACUUCACAUACAGGGUGACAACAAAUUUCAUAAGUUAAGUUUUUGAUUGGAAUUUAAC